AGUGCAGUUCCCCUUUAAAUGAAGGAACUGAAAAUAAAUGUCCAUUAUCCUUUACAGCAACGUCCAGGUGUGGUUCUUGGUAGAGUGCGUCUUCCCUCACAGCCUUUGUCAAAUGAUCAAGAUUGCCCCCCCAGUAAACAACUGAAAAUGGCUACUCCUAACCAUAUGCUACCACAGGAUGGCAUAGCAGGAUCCCCGUUUUCCAUGUCGGGCCCCAUAACCAAGGUGGUUAAAAAUGAUGCUUACUCCGCCCCUCGGGCUCCCGUCCCAGUUGCUCCCACUCGGCCCACCACUGGCCAAGCAGCCCCCCGGCCCUCCGCUAUAGCCUUGCGUCCUGUUUCUCGGGCUCUCCAGCAAAGCUCCGCCGAGCCCAGCGCAGCACCUGCUGCCCCUCAGCCCGUGUUCAGCCCUCUGGAGGGAACCAAAAUAACGGUGAAUAACUUGCAUCCCCGGGUGACGGAGGAAGACAUCGUGGAGCUGUUCUGCGUCUGCGGUGCCCUGAAGCGGGCGCGCCUGGUGAAGGUGGGCGUCGCUGAAGUUGUGUUUGUCCGAAAAGAGGACGCCGUGAGCGCGUACAGGAAGUACAACAACCGCUGCCUGGACGGUCAGCCCAUGAAGUGCAACCUUCAUAUUCAGGGAAAUGUCAUCACUUCUGAUCAGCCUAUUCUCUUGCGGCUUAGCGACACCCCAGGUGCUGGCAGCGCACCCAAGAAGGACGGCCUGCCCGCCUCCCUGUCACGUUCCGCCAGCCAGCGAACGUCUCAGCCGACCGCCGAGGUGGACCCCCAGACCAUCCUCAAAGCCCUGUUCAAGUCCACGGCGCAGUCCACCUCCACCACCGAGCCCGCCGGCUCGCAGUCCACCGCCUUCCGCAUCAAGAUUUAGGUCCAGUCUGGUACCGCGCUUGAAAAGUCCCCCUGCAUCCUCUGUGGUUUCCAUCUGGUCAGCGGUCGAUCCACACGCUCAUAGUUAAAGGAUUUUACACACUGAACAUUUCUACUCUAAAGUGAUGGAAUGUGGAUAUUCAAUAAUCUGUUUUGCUUGUUGUGAUGUCAUUCAACUGUUAGUUUGCAAGAUGGACCAGUUUUUGUUUUUGUUUUCCUCCUCAGAUCACAUUUGGUUUAAAUUGGUUAUAAAUUUGAUGUUUUUACUACUACAGACAGGCACCACUAUGUGAAAUCCACCUAAACAGGAGGUGUUUGUCACUCAAAGGUGUGGACGUCAUUCAGGUUUGCCAGCUAAAAGUCAACAAAAUAGCCCCGAAUGUUUCGGUAUACACCAGUUUUUCUAAGACAAAAGAUUCACUAGAAUUUAUUGGUUAUGUAAACCAGUGACCGGAUACUCCUAACAUUUGAAUUGUGUGGCAUUCGUUUAUAUCUCCCUUUUGUUAAAUGUUGCUCCUCUUCUGUUUCAUACUGUAAAUUACGUUGCUUAUGAUUUGUCCGUUCAGAGCAGACUGGAGAGGUCAGACAUCAUUAAAAAUGUAGCUUUGUA